GACUGAUGCAGCUGAGCAGGUCUGCAGUAUACAAAAUGUUGCAGACUCAUGCAGAGAAAGAUCGCAUUGUAACAGCACUUCCUCCACCUUUUAUAAGACACGCUUCUCCCUACUCCCAAGAUGAAUUUGAUGAAGCUGUCCGAAAUGCAGCUAAUUCCAAUCGCACUCUCCAAGCAGGCCUCAAGAUAUCAAAAAUGAUAGUCCUUGGGGAUGUAGCUACAGGAAAAACUUGUCUAGUCAACAGAUUUUGCCACCAGAUCUUUGAUUCAAACUACAAGGCAACUAUUGGAGUUGAUUUUGAGGUUGAGAGAUUUGAUAUUCUUGGAGUACCUUAUAAUUUACAGAUGUAAGUAAACAUGAGCAUGGGCCUCUUGCCAAGGUAUUUUCAUUAAAACAUAUGCAAUA